UUUUAUGAAAAAUGGUGCCCUUUUGUGCAAUUAGAUCAACAACGAUUGCCCAUUAAACAAUAGAAUUUCUUCAUCAAAGCUUGCUUCAAUCCAUCGAAUCGUCCCAAAACCACCUGUUUUUUGCUCCGACAACAGACAGCUCUCGCAAGCCCACCAAUACACUCUCACACCCGUACGCUCUCACACUAACCGCGUGCAGGCCACGAACAUUCACGGGAAGCGCUGCUCUGCCAUUCAAACGUAACCGAACCGCAACCGAGAGAGGUUGUGUGCCGCUUGUGCUGCGAGUGUUUGUAUAGAGCCGCGGCUGUUUGUCAGAAAGAAAACGCGCGCGCGCGCGCCGCUUGUGUUGGCUGGAGGCCAUUCCGUCUCGGAUCCUGCGUUUUGCGAUUGUGUUGUGUUUUGUGUCUGCGCGGGAGCGGUGCACCCGGCGUGCAUUGUUUUACAGUUUUUGCUUUGCGACUGAUCAAACUGUAGAUCCAUUUAAUACACCGUUAGUGCGCGAUCAAUACACUUUAAAGGUCUGGCAUUCAGGGAAACUGGAUGCAACACACACCGGUCAAAAAGGCCGUUUUUUCGUGUGUGGGUAUUUCCGCUAUCAAGCAGGAUCGAAGCUAGCUGUGUGUGGUGAUCAUCAGCUCAGCAACUUCCUUCUGCUGCGUCGUGGUUGGUGUGAUUCCGUAGUUAGCAACUGUGUGUAUGUGUGUGUAGCUGUUCCGUGAUUGUCCUGUUAGCAGCUCUAUGUUUGUGUGUUUACCGUCCAUCAUAGAAUCUUGAAAAUUGUGGCAACUCAUUCAAGGGUUUUACAACCCCCUCUGCUCGAACCUGCUGGAAUACUGUAGAAAAGUGUCCCUUGUACUUGUACUUGUGCUUGUGUGUCCUUAUACUCCGUUCCGUGUGAACUGUUUGCCCAACCAGCAACUCGUCUAGGAGUGCUAGUUCUUCAUGGCUACAUAUCUACGACAGAAAGUGAAGAAAUCCACAAGCAGCAGCAGCAGCACUAGGUACGCAAGCGAAUUGCAAGAACACGGCCGCAAACCCAUUCCCGAUACUGCUGCAGACGACGACUGCUCUGCCGCGGACCGUGCACGCUUCCUGCAGAAUCCGGCCAUACUAGAUACGCUCGACUCCGUUCAUCGGUCGCUGCUGUUCAACAAUCUCAAGUUUGAUACCGAUGAACACACCGACGGUCUAGACAGCACUUACACGAUAAGCAAGGAAGGUGUGCGCAAACCAUCGGCGUCCUACAGUCGAGUGCCGUUUGCUGCACCAACCACCCACGUCGACAAACACGACAACAAGGUAAAUAUUGCGGAAGCGUCGCCAGAUGACAGAUCGUCAGGCACGGAAGUGGUACUGCACGAGGAGGAGCCACAGUACGAGCGCGGCGGCGGCGGCGGCGGCGAUUGCAUAGCGGUUGCCAACAGCUAUGAAAGUCUCUCGCUGGACGACGAACUAGCGGCACUGUUCGGCAGGGACUGGAACAAUAACCUUAGCGGGAAAGCGGUCGCCAGCAAAGUGAAAAUGAUGGUGCAACAGUACGAGCGGGGUAAGGGCGACCCGGUAAGGACAUCGGCGGAACACCAGACGGCUGUGGUGCUUCGGCAUCCCGAUGUGUCCUCGAUUGGUGAGGCGGAGACGAGCGAUUUCGAGAGUGCCAGCGUGACGAGCGGCGGCAGCAGCGUGAGCGAAGGCGACGGGGGUCGGCGAAGUGUGCGCACCAGCUCGGCGUUCAGUGAGGGAAGCCGCGAUGUGGCCAGCAUUGAACGGUUCGAGCUAGGGGCGGUAAAUCAGCCGCAAAGGCAGCAGCAGCAGCAGGAAGAGCUAGCGGCUGGUCACAACACGAUGAUUACCAUUAACAUUAACUACCGAUGUGAUACGAACAAUCCUCCGAAGACAAGCAAAGCUACGUGUGGGGAGGAAGUGGGGGUGGGGGCAAAAAAUGUAGAUAUUGUUGUUUCGGCACCACCCGGCCAGGUAGCUAGGGAGAGCGGAAGCCGCAAGUCGUUGAGAAGUGAUAAUGCGAUCGAGGGACGGACGGUAGAACGAUACGCACCAGCAGCUGUGGGAGGAGAUAUGGAAGAGCAGGAACUGAUGGAUUUAGAAAAGGAGGACACUGAGGUGACCGACGGGUCGGUUACGAACGAUUUCGACGCGAAGGGCGUUGAGCUGCUGCCAAAGGAUGAUGCUGGUACGGGAAGUAAGAUGGAUCAUCUUGCGAAAGAACGCCACCGCAGUUCGUUGACGAACAACCAUUGUCGGCCGUGCUACACGCCGGAAGAUGAAGAAUAUCAUGACUGUGAUGAUCUGCACGAGUCAACGCUUUCCUUCUACGAGCAAGCGUCCUCCCAGCCAGUCACUCCGCAAGGGCAGAAGCAACGAUCUUCACCCGUUGAAUGUGCCGACGCAUUGGACGGCGAGCAACCGAUGAUCCGAAUCGUGCAAGAACUGUCGGAAGAUCACGCAGAAGUUACGUCCACCAUAACGCUGAGCAAGGAACAAGUGAGGGAAAUGCAAAAGGCAAACAGUGCACGACGCAGCGGCGAGUCGGUUGAAGAGCUGAAAAGACACUCGCCGCGUGAGGAGAAGAGUAGCGUGCAUGAAAAGCGAAGGAAAUCUUCCACCAGCAGUAGCAAUGGUGCCGGCACAGCCACCACCACCACCAAGAAGCGUCACGAUCGAUCGAAUCUCCAGCGACAGCAGCGCAUAAUGGAUGACAACUUCUGUAACGAAAUUCUCGACUCGACCAUUCAUUUCGACCGGCUGCUUGGGAACGCUCGUUCCCAGCGGCACCAGGCGUUCGAACAGGAGAAAACGGCGGCCAGUUCGUCCUCUGCUACCCCAGCAGCGGAAGAGUGCUUCAGUGAUUCGGUCGUGGGCGAGCUGGUUUCCUCUCCGGCCGACGAAUCGUUCGAUUCGGUCAUGUCCGUCGGCAAGCUGGAAGGCAAGCCACGCUACUCUGGCAAAACGGUUGGCCGGUUGAUGAUGAAGCGGUUGAAAAAACUGCAUGGCGGUGGGAGGGACGUUCCACCGAAGACGAUCAACACGUCCGACGCUUCCGCGAGCUCCUCGCUGCAAACGAGCGGACCGAAGAAGCCGCCCCGAACGUUUGCUGCCAACUCGCCGAAGCGGGCGAGCGGCGCACUUCCGACUCCUUCCUGCCCGACGGCGAAGGAAGUGGAAGGGAGCGAUCCGUCCGACUACGAGAUCGGCUGGAAGCUUGACUCGAAGCCCAGAACGCACCAGGUCGGCUGGAAGGUGCCGGCGGCGAGCGGGAAAAGCGAAGCAAUUCCGGCACAGAUUUACAGCAUGCUCAACUACUCGGAGGACGAGAGCCGCAGAAGGCUAAUCAAGACGGGCAAUUCGAAGCCAGCACCGCAGCAGCAAUCGACCUCCUCGAGGGGAGGGACCGGAACAGCCAAGUACUGGCCCGACGGGGAACCGGUGGGUCCGAAGCUCGCUAUAGACACGGUCGAUGGCGUGAAGACGCCUUCCCGGCGGCACUCGACGUCGACCGAUUUCGAAAAGUUUGUGCGGGAAUCGAACGUGAAAAGUACACCGCACCGGAAGAGCGACGCUGGCAGCCGAGCCGGCGACACUAGGCGACGCAUUGAGCUGUUCCUAAGCGAAGAGCGUCAGCAGCAGCUGCAGCAGGGGCCGGAGCGGAAGCUUCCCGGGGCAGACCGUCGCCGGCGUACGACGGGUGGAAUAUUCGAGCGACGCCGGCAGCAGCAGGAAAAUUUUUUAGACGAUGCCAGGCGUACCAACCACGAACCGCGGCGGCGGAAGAAGGUCUCGAAGGUGCCGAGUUUGGUCGCGGGUGGCUCUAAACACGCUUGCUGCUCUGCUGCUGCGAACGCCGCGGCUACUGCGUCCUUGACGCGUGGCAACGGCAGUGCCUGCAGCGGUGGUGGAAAGAUCGAAAAGCGGCGCACCUUCCGCAAGACGGCACUGUUGAAGCGGACGCGCACCCUGUUCGAAGCGUCGAAGAAAAAGAUCUGGGCUAUCAAGAAGUUUGAAACACCGAAGAAGCUUAACAUCGUAAGUAGUGGUGGUAGCACAACGGCUUCGCCGUCCGACCGCGACCCAAACAUCAAUCGCAACAGCUCGGUGAAGAAGAAGAACAGCUUGCAUCACAAGCAUUUGGGCUACACGCCGGUGCACUUGCGGUGUAAAACGUGCGGUUCAGGGCAAACCGAAGCAAACAAUCUUGAGCAGGGAGGGGAGGAGGACGUUGUUGUACCGGUAAAGUCGCGCGCUUCUGCACAGCAAGCAGCACCGGCACCGCGUGUUUUAAGUUCGAACUCUUCCGAGGAUGAAAAUAAGGAAAAUCGGUUCGUUACAAAGGAAGGGCGCCGCAGAAGCGGCGAGGAAGUGAAUCGAAAGUCAGCCCGCAGCCUAAACUUUGCCUCCGUACCGCAGGAGAAGCGAUUAACUUCGUCGCCAGUGGAUCGGGACGAUCGUGAAGCAUCUCCGCGCAAAACCGGUAAACAGCUGACGGAGCCAAAGUUCCUGAAAACGCUGCGCAAUUUAAAAAUAUCGCCCAAAAGGAUAUUUCGCUUUGCUUCGCACUCGUCCGAAGCGGCACUGAACAAACCUUCGCUGGACGGCGAAAGCCAUGGGCAGGGAGAGUUUCAAUCGUUUGAUGAUUUAAAUCUAGACAGUGUUGCGAAUAUGGGCGAUUUUCUCAGCAACAUUCGGAAGAAAAUCGAUGGCGAAUCGUGUCAGCAGGCGAGCGCAUACCGGGGACAGGUAGCUGCGGUUGAUGUACAUGAUGGUGCGGCGGACCAGGAGGAUGAUGAUCCGAUCUAUCAGGAGAUCUCACCGAAGGGUAACAAAAUGAUUCUGAACGAGUUUAUAAGCAGCGACACAAACAAGCGCUACCUGAUGGUGAACAACAAUCCAAACAUCCUGUACGCGAUGGUGGAGAAAGGCAAAUCCGCCGGCAGGUUGGUGCGUGCGCGCUCGCUCACCAAUGUGCAGGGCACUGCAAGUGCUGCCGAUCCAACGGUUUCUACGACUCCUGUCAGCAAGCCGCUGAAUAAUACGAUCAAAAGUCAGAUGAAACCGAGCAAUCGGCGUGUGACGAUGUCGCCGCACAUGGAACGGUUCGAUGCGCUGGAUAUGGAGGAGAGUGAUUGCCUGUACCAAACGGCACUAACGACCAACUCGACCAAUGUACGGGAGGGCGACAGUGGCCUGUAUCGGUCAGCGCUAGCAAACAGCACGAGUAGCGCGCGGGACAGCAUCGGCCGGAGGGUGCCGGGCCGAUCGUUGAACGCAACCGGAAGCACUAGCGCGAGCUCCACCCGUCGGUCGCUCUUUGCCCGGCACGUACCGGCGGAUCGUGAUCGUAGCGUUGUUGGGCAGCGGCAGCAACACCAGCAACAGUCAGCUACUGAUGAGAGUGAUAUUUCGAUUUUACAGGAAGAAGAAAGUGGGCACGACGACGAGGUGUCACUGGAAUCGCGGCCGGACUCGGUGCCAAUCGUGCGGGAACCGUUGAUUGUGCGCGAGCGGGUCGAAGAUCGGUUGUCGUCCGUCGUUCGUAGGGAAAGCGAACGCUUCCAACAGAAGCCAGUCGGUAGACGGGAGGAGGAGGACGUGCUCUUAGCGUUCGAAAAGGACAUCAUCGUUGAGGAGGAAAUGGGUGGGAAGAAUGGGAAAGAUGGCAAGGGGGGGAAUUUGAUACUGCUCAAGGCGCACAAAUCGGUGCAGGUUAUGGUCGAGGGCAACAAUGUCGCUGCUGCAGCUCCCCUCGGGUGUUUCGAUACGGACGGAGAGGUGAGUGUGGUGGAAGGCCAAAUGAAUGUCAGGUUGUAAAUGAAACCCAUACUAAUGUAACUACUACUUACAGAUCGAAUCGUUACGCAAGUACAAUGACAGGGAGAUCGAAGAGCUGGUUCACUCGCUGC